AGUCUCAUAAUUUCUACGAGCACCGUAAUAUACAUGUACGUGCAUCAAUUAUACUUCAAAUCUUUUAUCUUGUUUAAAAGGUAAAUAUAAAAUGAAUGGGCUUGAUUGAAAUGAAAUGAAAUCUAUACCUUUGGAGUUUGCCGGGUACAGUUUGUAUACUGGGCCACAGUCUUGUAUGUGGAAUCACAUUUCUUGUCAAUAGCUUUGUAGGACAGUACUAUAUACACACAUGUAAUCAGUGAACAUAGACAUAUAGCAAACUUUUGGCAUCUAUCUGUAAAAACAUAUUUUUACUUGUGAUUAAUCAAUUACCUAGAUAAUCAACUUAAUCUACUUAAGUUCUUAACAGAGCAUGUAGGUUUCACAUUCAUAGUGGAACCCAGCUUGAUCAUUUUCACGAAAAAUGUGCAGAAAACAGAUUGCACGUUCCUGAGGUUGGACUGUUUCUUGCCCAUUCCAUUAAAAAAUGGUGUAACUACAUGUCAUAUGUCCCUGUUCCUGCCCGACUAAGGGCCGCCCAGCAUGCAAUUAUGUAGCUAUCCAUUUCGCUCCUUGUGGCAGAUCUGUUAAUUUCAAAUUACAACAACCCAUUGCUUUACGGAUGAUAGCGACACGCUGCCAGUUUCAGGAUCACUGACUGCAGAUGGCGUGACUGUUGUUUUAACUUUCAAUUUCCAGCGCUGAACAAAGUUAAUAUGCUUUGGGCACCAGACGUCACCCGGAGUGGUUCAUUUUUUUUAAUGACCAGUUAAAGGCAAGCCGGUGUUUGAUCACAAAAAUUGAAGGUAGUAAUGUGUCAGACAACUUCUCACAAAUGGCCUCAUUCAACCGGAGUAACGACUGAUACGUGCUACCUGAUUGAGCUAAGGUAAUAAAUUGCGACCGUUUCAACACGGGAAUGCAUUGACCAUCCAACUGCUGACAUCUGGCAACCACUCAAUGCUGGCUAAAAUACGUGACUAAAAUUAGGCCAAUCAUGGAGCCGGGGCCCUACAAACUGAAUUACAGUCAACCGAACGACACCCAGCCCGACUCCCAAUGCGCAAAUUUCACCGAGGAGGAUGUCGCACGCAGCGUCAUGUACAACAGCGGCACGUUCGUCAUUGUCGGAGUUAUGCCCUUUCUGACCCUGUUCGGAGUGACCGCCAACUUGGCAUUCCUCUACGUAGUCUACCGCCGGCGAACCAUGCGGACGAUCACCAACGCCUACUUGGCCAACCUCGCUGUGGCUGACAUCGGUUUUCUAGUCUCGGCAGUCGUGCCGGCGUUAGUACAGUAUACUUCAUCGCCGAUAGUAUUCGAUCAGCUGCCGAUAGGUCCAGUGGGAUGCGUCCUUGUCAACUGUGUCAUCCUCAUCUUCUUCUAUGGGUCAGUCUUCAUGGUGUUCCUGGUGUCGUACGAGAGAUACUGUGCCAUCUGUCGACCCCUUCACCAGAGGGUCGUGGUUGGGAAAAAACGAACCACAAAACUCAUUGUUGGCGCCUGGUUUGUAGCCAUUGUCUUUUCAUCCCUAGUAAUCCCCUCUUUGGUCACUAUGAAAACGAGAUGCGUCAUUCGGCCCGAAGGGAAAGAAUUUGAAAAGUUUCCUAAGGAAUAUGGUUUAUGCCAACCUCCUGAGACGGCCCAGUGGCUUAAAUACGUUUCCAACGGCUUCAAAAUGGUGCCCUUUUUCACAGCCAUGUUCAGCAGUGGGUACAUCUACACGAAGAUUGUAAUUCAGCUCAACAAGAAGAUCCCGGGACUGGCCAACCGGCGGCGGUACAACCAGGCCAUGAGCAACGUACUCCGGUCCCGGCGACAGAUCGCAGUCAUGCUGAUAGCGACUGGGGUGAUCUUUUUCGUCUGCCAGGCGCCAGCCCAGGUCAACACGCUAGCCGCCAUGAUCACCGAUCACCCGAACGUCGAGCCCAUCCUGAAUCGGGGGCAGCGGGGCAUCGUGCAGUGGGUCAGCCGCGCGCUCCUGUUUAUCAAUUCGGCUGUCAACCCCAUCGUGUACAACGUGACCAAUUCCAAAUAUCGGAGAGCCUUUGUGGAGACAUACAUUUGCAAACAGAAAAAGAAAGUGACACUUCGGAAUACGAGGUCCAUUCAAUCGAUGUACAUACCAAAUGGUAGUAACAAAGUGUACUUAUGGAGUAACAAUUUUGAGCUUGACAAGUUUUAACAAGGACAAGCUUAAAGUGAGCGAGGCUAUCACAACAGGAGUUUUAAAAGUGAUUUUUUUAAUGCAUAAACACUACUUUUUAAAACUCCUGUUGUGAUAGCCUCGUUCGAAGAAAUGGAAAUUUCAUUUAAUUGUUAAGUAGACAUUGUGAUGUGACUUUUUUCAUCAUGUGGUAACAUUUUGGUCCUCGAAAAGUGUGCACAAGCAAAUCUGAUGAGUGUUUAUACACAUCUGUAUUAUUUUCUUAAAAUAAGAUUACCUUUUAGUUCUUUUCUUACUGUUUUCAUUUUUUCUAACUUGUGUUCAUUGGAGUCCAUGAAGAGGCAGCAGACUUACAAAAAUCAACUUCUAGAAAUAACAGUUUAGGCAUUGUCGCACUUUCUUUCAACGAUGGCUCGAUUAAUAGGUUCUAGAGUGAUUUCCUUGGGGGCUAAUUCUGAGGAUGGUCAAGCAGGUCCGUUCCGGGCCAUCUGGCUCAUCAGGCCGGUGUUUGUCUACGAUUUCCUCAGCACGAAACCACUGAGAAUAAUUUCUCAUAUUCCCUUGGUACUCCUGAAUGGAGAGAGGCAGUCAAGGGUGUUAAGUGGCUUGCCAAGCCACAACUUAUGGCCAGCAGCUGGAUUCGAACCCCUGACCCUGUGGUUAAGAGUCACUAACCUUAACCACUUGGCCACCUGCCCAUGUUAGGAUGGAAAACGAUAAGAUUUUUAAUAAGAGGUGAAAUGGCCUCAACAUUUUCGUCUGACAAAUUUGAUUAAUUUGGGGGCCUGUAUUAAACAGUGUAGUCCUGUUUUGAUUUGUGGAGUUGCAUUCUUCUUUCAACAUCUCUCUUAAUUAAACCUCGCUGAAGUUCACAUGUACAUGUACCUGACGAACUUUUCAGGAUGUAGAUGUGUUUUAUCCACAAACUUCCCAGUAAUUUUUGACAAUCUCUGGUCGAGUAGUCACGUUUUGUAAUUCAAGGACUCAGAUAUUACCGGCUCGGUAAGAAACAAGAGUGCCGUGUUGAGGUAUAGUCUUGUGAAGAACACUAGUCACAGUUACUAGACAAAGACGCACAGAAGUUCACAGGAGUCGUUGAAUUCCCUUUCGAAAAUUUUCCUUCAUAGUAGUUCAGUUGCUUUGCCACAGAAGGCAAAAUUUGUGGACUUGCUUUUGUAGCGUUUGUUGUUUUUACUGGCUUUGUCUAACCAGAAGAUUGUUGGUUCAGGUCACGGCUAUGUAUUGUCGCUCGAAGUGAAAAAUACUAAGAUUACUGAAAUGAU